UUCUUCAAUUUAACUUGCAAAAUGGUUAACUGUUCGUACCACUGUGUGCUUGAAUUAUUAAUUAAGUAGGUACAUAUAUCCAGGCAAGAAUUAAGUACACACAAAACGUUCGAUCCAAAUUAUAUCAAUAUCCACGCUAGAUAUCUGUAAUUUAUAUGCUGUACAAAAUACCUACAUAGAUACCACGUUGAGAGGAAUAUUUAGUCACUAAAUACGCAGACACCAUUGACGUCAAUCUUGACAACAAUGUACUCCUCAUAUUUUCUCCCAAUUUUGAAACAGCAUCUCAGAAUGUGUUCUUUUCUGAAAGGCCUCCCCUUUGAAUAUGAUGACGAAACGGGUCUAGUCGUAAAAACCAGGUGUCACGGCACAAUUAUAAUUUUCAAAUUGCAAUGCCUCCUCUCUGUUCUGUACUGCUCAGCCAUGUUUCUCAACUUGGUUAUCGGGCCGUCAACUCUGAUCGAAAAAUUGAAGGGGGUAAUUUUCUUUCUGAUGUAUUUCAACACAACGAUUGCUCGAUGGAACUACUCACUCGACCCGACGCCGAUCCAAGUUAUCAAUUCGUUCCUCAAGUAUGAGGCGACUACAUUGCGAGGUGCCCAGAGAUCCAUGCCACCAUCACGAUCUGCCCUCGCAAUGACGCUGUACAUGCGAAUUGUCGAAAUCUCAAUAAUUUUCAUACCUGGAAUGCUCAUCCUAAUCUUAUCGUAUCAGCCGUGUCUGCCCCCGUUCAUUUUGUCCAUGUCGAGAAGUUGUGAAUCGACAUAUUUCACACCUUGGACAUGUUGUCACCGGGUCAGAAAAUUGAUGAUCGUAGGCGUGCACUUGUUCGAAACUUGGAUGGGAUUGCACAUCAUCGUUUCAGGGUAUACUUGGCUGGGUUUCGCACUCUUUGCAGGAAUUACAUGCAUCGUACAUUACUUCAGGAUACUGGAAAGGGAAGCUUGCGCAAUCUUCAAUUCACGGGAUUACGAGGAAUGCAUCAGCUUCUACUGGCAGAUUCAAAUCCUAGAGAAAAUUUUGAACUCAUUCUUGAGUGCUAAAAUCGUCCCGAGCACGAUUCUAACGCUUCCAUUGCAUCAGAUUAUUGCUCAAUACGUUUGCAUCAAACUGCACGAUGAGAUCCCGCUGCCGGGAUUUGUCGUCUUUCCGAUCAUCUUGUUAGAAGUGCUGGUAGUCAACAUUUUGGUGUUCACAUUGGCCUCAUGGGUGCAUAACUCGUCGCAAGAUAUCAUUCAAAAGUUGGGCGGAAAAUUGAUCUGCCCUGGACGAAAUGUCAGGUUGAGAAGAAUGAUCAAGGCGUGUGCCGUCCUAAAGGUCAAAUUCGGGUCAAACUUUGUAGAUAGAGGGACACCGCUAGUCAUUCAGGACUUCUGCUUGGGACAAACCUUGAACUUAAUUUUGAUCAAGGGCAAGAAAACUUAUGGAUAA